AUGCAUUGUAUUACGACUCCUCUCUCUCACAUACACACACUCGCUCUGGCAGGGUCAGCACGAAAGGUCAAAGACAAAGGCUGAAUGAAGUGAAGAGAAGUGAUAAGAAUGGAGGGAUCUUCGUAUCGGCAUCAAAGGUUAAAGAGUGGUGUUUCUCAGGAACCAUGGAUUAGAUGAUUUCAUGCUUGGGUGAAUCAUGAGAUGGCCACAAAGAGGAUUAUAGCUAUAUGUAUGUCUGGAGGUGAGUUCGCGACAGACAAUGAUGGUGGGCUGUUGUCAUACAAAGGUGGGGAUGCCUAUGCGAUGGACCUUGAUCAGGAUACAAAGUUAAAGGAUCUGAAGGAGGAACUAGCUGAAACAUUCAAUUGUAGUGUCAAUAGAAUGUUAAUCAAGUACUUUCUUCCUGGAAAGUCAAAUAAAAGGACUCUUAUUACGAUAUCAAAGGAUAAGGACCUCAAGCGCUUGGUGAACAUUUUUGAGGAUAAAGACCAAGUGGAGUUCUUUGUCAUGGAAGAGGAAGCUGUUCAGGUGCAAAAGGUGUUGAAAGCACCUGCCAGUAGGUCAAAAAAGAAAACUGUGUCAAAAGAAAUGGUUCUGGCACCUGCAUCAGAAGUGGCUCCGACAAUUGUGUCAGAAGAUGUUGUUCCGUUAACUGUGUCAGAAGAUGUUGUUCCGUUAACUGUGUCAGAAGAUGUUGUUCCGUUAACUGUGUCAGAAGAAGUGGUUCUUCAAGUUGCCCCUGUUGAUGUAACUUACACCAAUGAACCCAUGGAUAUGGAUGCACCCAGUGAAACCACAACUGGUGGUGGUCUUGUUGUUCAUGAUGACCAGCCUCGUAAAGCUGCAAUGGAGUGGGCGAACACCAUCACAGGUGUGGGACAAAGAUUUCGGAGUUUUAAAGAAUUUGUUGAUGCCCUGCGCAAGUACUCAAUGGCCCAUGGAUUUUCUUAUGUAUAUAAGAAAAAGGACAGUCAUCGUGUAACUGUCAUAUGCAGAUCAGAAGGUUGUCCAUGGCGCAUAAAUGCAUCAAGGUUGGCCACCACCCAGUUAAUCUUUAUUAAGAAAAUGAGUGCAUCACAUAAAUGUGAAGGAACGGCCAUCAAAGCCAGUUAUCGGGCAACAAGGGAAUGGGUAGAAACUAUAAUAAAGGACAAGUUGAAAGUCUUUCCAAAUUACAAGCCGAGGGAUAUUGCAACUGACAUCGAACGGGAGUAUGGCAUUCAACUGAGUUAUGCUCGGGCACGGCGCGCAAAGGAGAGCGUUAGGGAACAGAUUCAAGGUUCUUACAAAGAGGCAUACAAUCAGCUACCCUUAUUCUGUGAGAGGAUAAUGGAGACUAAUCCUGGCAGUGUUGCUACAUUCGCUACAAAGGAGGACUCAAGCUUCCGUGGUCUCUUUGUCUCGUUUCAUGCCUCAAUAUCUGGCUUCCAACAAGGUUGCCGUCCUCUCCUUUUCCUCAAUAGCACUCCUAUAAAUUCCAAAUAUCAAGGGAUGUUAUUGGCGGCAACCGCGGCAGAUGGGGAUGAUGGUGUUUUUCCAGUAGCUUUUGCUGUGGUAGAUGUGGAGACUGAUGACAACUGGCACUGGUUUCUGUCAGAACUGAAAUCUGCGGUGUCAACAUCUCGACCAAUAACGUUUGUGGCAGAUUUUCAGAAGGGGUUGAGAGAGUCAUUGCGUGCUAUAUUUGCGGACAACUGCUACCAUGGUUAUUGUCUACACUACCUUACUGAGAAAUUUAAUAAAGAUUUAAAGGGGCAGCUUUCAUACGAAGCCCGGCAUCUCUUGGUUCAAGAUUUAUAUGCUGCUGCUAAUGCAUCGAAACUUGAUGCUUUUGAACAAAUUACUGCAAAUAUAAAAUCCAUCUCACCCGACGCUUAUAAUUGGAUAAUAAGAAGUGAGCCUGGUCAAUGGGCCAAUGUGUUUCUUGGAGGGGCAAGGUAUGAUCAUAUGACAUCCGACUUUGGGCGAGCAUUCUAUUGUUGGGUAUCAGAGGCAAAUAAUGUGCCAAUAACUCAGCUGGUGGAUAUAAUACGAGGUAAGAUGAUGGAAUUGAUAUUUAAGCGACGGGUUGAUUCCAUUCAGUGGGUAACUAGGCUAACACCAUCUAUGGAGGAAAAGCUGCAGAGUGAGACUUCAAAAACACGCCCACUUCAAGUUUUAGCUCCCCAUGGUAGCAUAUAUAAAGUUCGUGGUGAAUCUGUUGAGGAAGUUGACAUUAAUCUUUGGGACUGUAGCUGCAAAGUGUGGCAGCUGACAGGACUGCCUUGCUGCCAUGCUAUUGCUGUUUUUGAAUGCAUUGGUAGGAGCGCAUACGACUAUUCUGCCAGAUACUUCACAGCUGAGUGUUACCGAAUAACUUAUGCAGAGUCAAUUAACCCAGUUCCAAAUUUUGACAGACCACAGUGUGAACUGGCUUCGGCAGCCAUUACUGUGACUCCCCCAUCCACCAAGCGUCCACCAGGCCGUCCAAAGAUGAAUCAGGCUGGAUUAGAAGAGAUGGUCAGACGCCAAGUCCAAUGUAGCAAGUGCAAGGCCUUUGGCCACACUAAGAGGGCAUGCAAGUAAGUGAGCUAGAUGUACUUUCAAGCUGUAUGACUCUUGACAUCCUUGUUUGACAGUUUAGGCCUGUGUGCUUGAUUAGUACAGUUAGUCUUUUGUUUAUUGUAGAUCACUUCCUACCAUUGAUCUUUGCAUUGUCAUUGCAUUUUUUUGAUGGUGAGUUAGGUUUCCUUGUAUAAUUAAUAAUGUUAACUAAUAGUUGAAGAAAUAGGGAGCUCACUGCAUAA